AUGCUGUUCCCCAGCAUCGCGCUGUUAUGGCUGUGCCAGACAGUGCUGGCACAAUAUUCCAGCGAUGAUCUCAUGUCCUUCGUUACACUCCCCGACGUCAGGGCUGUCAAGUUCAACGUUCACAACCACAAUCCCGAUCGCAUUAGCCCCGGCUACUGGUUCAUCACUCCUUACCUACACAUCGAGCCCGAUGCGCCUUCAAGUCUAUACGAGCAAUACCAAAUUGGCCCCCAUAUCUACGAUGGGGAAGGGCGCCUGAUUUGGAGCGGUGCCCAGGAAUUCGAUAAUCGCAAUGCUUUCGAUUUCAAAGUCGUUAACGGCCUGUCCUCCGAUCCCCAACUCUCGUUCAUUUUGAAUCAUGCCUAUGAUGGCGCCGAGGACACUGGGUAUGGCAUGAUCUUGACGAAUGAUUACAAGGUGCAGCGGAAGUUGCCUCUGCGACGUGAUUUGGGAAUUUUCGAUAUUCAUGAGUUCAAGAUUCGUGAGGAUGGCAAAACUGCGCUGGUCACGGUCUACCUUUCUCAUGAAAUUGGCUUGCAAGACUUUGGCCGGCCUGCGGAAACUACUUGGUUGGAAAGUGGUGGCUUCGCUGAACUUGAUAUCAACACCGCUGAGAUCAUUCAGUGGUGGGACUCCCACAACCGCAUCCCUCUCCCUGAGGGUGUCCAUUAUACACCAAGUUCGCCGGUGGAGGGAUUCCCAGGCUGGGAUUAUGUGCAUAUCAACUCGGUUGAUAAGAACGCGGCGGGUGAUUACUUGAUCUCUGCGCGAUUCACUAAUACCAUCUAUUUAAUUUCCGGCAUCGAUGGAAACAUCAUGUGGCGACUGGGUGGAAAGUAUACUGAUUUCCAGCAAGAUUUCGUAUUCUCGAAACAGCACGAUGCGAAGUUUGUGGAGUCCAAUGGCACGCACCAUAUUAUCUCUUUCUUGAACAACGCAUCGGAUGAGGAGUUCAACGAGGAGAACGUGUCUUCGUCACUCUUCGUCGAGUUAGACACCAGCGUCACACCUUUCACUGCGCGCGCUAUUCGCCGCUACAACCGCCCCGACCGAGAUCUGUCGAGACUUCGCGGAAACACUCAACUACUCCCCGACGACCAUGUCUUCACCUGCUGGAGCAAAGGCGGCUACAUCUCCGAACACACUGCGGAAGGAGAGGUCGUGAUGGAGGCCAACUUCACCUCCCCGCGCUACUCUUCCUACCGUGCCUACAAAUUCGAAUUCACCGGACGCCCGAGCACACCACCCGACAUGGUCGCCUCCGUCUUCGGCACCGACGAAACGAACAUGGUGACGACAUUCUGGGUCAGCUGGAACGGAGCCACGGACGUCGCCGAGUGGCAUUUCUAUGCCCAAGCCUCUGAUUUCCACGCCCCCGUCUUCAUCGGCAAGGUGCCCCGCGUUGAUUUCGAAACCAUGUUCAUUGGCGCUGGAUACUUGGACUGGGUGACCGCCAAAGCAGUAGAUGCCAACGGCACCGUUCUCGGCACCUCCGAAGUGCAGCGUAGCAAUCACCCGGACUGGAAAUCCAGUGGAUACAGGGGCUAUGGCACCCCUCAGCCCAUCAAUCCGUCCACCCUAUAUCAAGGCGCGGACUCUGUCGGCGACUCAAUGGCCGACCAAGGUGGUCGCGCCUCGUCCGCGGCCAUCGAUACCCAAACUCAAAAGACCAUCUCGGUCAUGAACCAUACCUACGAGACUAUCCGCAGUAUUGGCGCUGCUUUCUCGUUCAUCCUUUUGCUUUGUCUCUUCUGCGGUGUUGUUGCCAGCUAUCUGGUCAUCCGUGGGUGGCGUGUGCGAUUGUACCAGCGUCUGGGCAUGGAGUCCGGGCUCGCUGAGGAGAGGGCACGUCUCAGUCCGCAUGAAGAUUAA